AUGAUGGGAUCUCGGCAGGAGCUUCCACCUCUCCCUGUAAAUACAUCUCAUUCGAAAGCAAUCGAUACCCCAACUGUGACCCGACGGAAUCCGUGUGGAGCAAGCAGUUCCUGUACGGAGACAGUGGAGCGGGCUCAGCUGCCUGAGGCGGCUCUACGUUGCCGAUCACAACCGUCCGAACCACCGCUCGGUUCGACUAGUCCGAUUCGUACCACCGUACCACCGGACGAGCGUGACAAUAUGCUCAUCCCGAAGACCACACCACCAACUGUGGUCAUGAGUGGGACAAUCGAUAGUGGGAGUACGCAUAUGCCCACAGCAGUGGCAAUGCCAGUCACUACGGUCGGUUUGAAACGACGUCGCGGACCGAGUUUGGACACGUUUGAUUCAUUGAAUGUGACCGGAUCGGAUGCACUCACAUCAAAUCACACGCUGUGGUGUUUGUCCCCAGUAGAGAACAGCAAUCAGAAACACGCUUCAAAUCCUUCACCACAUCCCAAUGAUGCUACCUUAGUCCGGAACGGGCGUACCUCAUCCGUCCAUCCGGAAACGGGUUCGGUGUUCUCUCCGUUUGGAUCAUGGAGCAGUUCGGUCCCCGGGAUCAGUCCGUUUCGUGUGCCAUGUUCAUCGGACGGGGGUGGUGGAUCCACGGCCGGAGAUGUGUUCAUUUUCGGGUCCGGAUCGCGAUUUGAAACGGAUCCCGAUCCGGAUGAGGGAACGAUUAAACGAGAAUCGGAUCCGGGAUUGAGUCGUUUUCAUUGCCAUACAUGUCCUGUGUGCACAUACGGACGUGCGAUCGCGCAAACCACCGUGGGUGCUAUGGAUGAGGGAAUGUGGACUGAACAGACUGGCUGUGGUAUGCUAGAUGGAGAGACUGCAUGUUCUCGAAGUCCGGUUCUUUGGAAAACUAUGGAUCUUGGAAGCCACGCAACCGGUAAUGUUGAAACAGCUAUUCAACGCGGUGUCCCCUGUCCUACUCGCUAG